AUGCGCUCAUGUACCUUCAGAUUUCGUGCAGGAACGCUCUUGGGUGACAAAUUUUAUGUUGUUGAUGAGGAAUUAGAAGGAGACAUAGAUCCUGAUCAGUCUUGGAUUGAAGUGAAAGGAACAGCAGUCAUCAUUCAUCUCUGGAAAGAGCCAAAACAAAUGUGGCAGCUUCCAUUUGCCAAGAAUUGUCGGCGUAAGUGGUUGAGAGCUGAAUUUCAAGGGCCAGACUCUGAUGAAGAGGAUAGUGAUAUUGUGGACCAUGAACGUAUUGAGUGGCCUUCUCCAGAUAGCAGUGGUGCAGAAGCUCUAGGAGGGUUACCAGGUGGUAUUAGUGAUGGUAGCAUUCCUUCCUCUGGCAGUAAUUCAGAUUGUGAUAUUAACUUUGCAAUUUCAUGCUACCAACUGUCAGGUCCUCGCUUGCAACGCGACGCUGCAGACCCCUGCGGACAUGAUGAGUGCAGGUCUCACGCCCCUUGUGCCACCCUGUUCAACGAGUCCAUCGUUUGGCAUCCUGAGGCCUGCACCAUUUGCUACGACCUGGUCGGUCAGCUGGUUGAUGGGGCUAGCGGUGUGAGGGAAGUCGCCCUCGCCACCCUGAAAGCGUGGGUGGGCGGCUUUGGAAAGAACGCCGCCAAGGGCCAGCCCUACAUGUUGGAUAAAAAGCUGGCCAUCCAGAUCUUCCCUGCGGGCAAGUCGACGGGCUACGUCGACCCCUUGUCCGCCGCCCCCGUAAUAGCCGCCAUCCAGCAAGAUCUCCAGCAGUCGUUGGGGCUCGUAGCAGCCCAGGAGCCAGUUCCGGACGUCGCCGGCCUGGACCUGAAUCUCGAGCCGAUGGCGGUAGUAAGUGAGGAUUUGUUGGCUGAGGUAGGUUUGUCGGGCGCCCAAGGUCUUUCCUUGGGCGCUCCUGGAUCUUCUCCUGUCCCUUCUUCUUCCGCCUCUUUCCAAGGCUUUUCGGGAUCUGAGAUCCCUAGCCGCACUCCCGCUCUCUCUGUACCUCCUAAGGAGAAGGGAAAGAGAGAACCGAAGACUCUGUCUAAGUCGACUUCCAGGAAGUCGUCUUCGUCUUCUUCGGCGAGGAAGUCAUCGACUUCUUACGCCGACGCGGUAAAGGCUAAGCCAAGCUCUUCCCAGUCGAAGAGCUCCAGAGGCAAGGCUUCGAAGGAGAAAGCUCGCGCUACCUCCGAGUCGUUGCCUUCUCCCGCCUCCGCUGUCCCCUCUCCGGCUAUGCCGGCAGGGGUAGCAAGCACCAGCUCCUGCGUUCCUUCUCCUGUCUCACCAGGAAUGAUGGAGCAGGUAGGGGCAAUGGUUGGGUCCCAAAUCUCAGCUUGGGGAACCCGCUUUGAGCAGAUGUUCGCACAAUUGUCGAGCACUCUGUCUCAAACUGGACAGACCGUCCAAGAGCUCUCGAAUAGAGUAAAGAGAGACUGA